ACGCUAAAAUUGCCAAUUUUAAAGGCCAAGUACAAAGACCCUUACUCCUACGUAGGCAGCGCCGCCAUAAAUGAUCAGCGUUUCGCGCUCGUCCGGCAGGCAAAAGAAAUCUAGGAGGCUAUACUGGUAAACGCACGGAGGAAGCAUAUGGAGGAAGCGUAAACGUAUUGUUGUCGCCUGCACUUGCAGGCCCUGUCAUAGGUGUUCUGUGUCUUGUCUUCGUGACUAGACACUUGGACAGGGCACCUUUAGUUUCAGAAAGAUACACGCACGUCCGUAGGCGUUUCUACUUGACGCGUAAAAGUGCUGCAUGUCGCUGCACUUGUUUGAGGCGUAAGUUGGUGUCAUUUGUCUGAGGAAAUCGAAGCUUGAAUUGCGGAAGUGUUCUUCAGCAAUCUGCCCUGCUUCAACAUGGGCCGAAGCCGUUCUCGUUCACCGCAGCGAAGAGCAGAAAGAGAGCGGGCUCGAUCUCGGUCUCGUGAGAGAGAUGGCCUUCGUGACCAACAUCGCGAGCGAGAACUUGAUCGAGAACGCAGGCUAUUGAGGGAGCGUCACAGGAGCCGGUCCCGCUCUUUGUCUCCUAGACUCCGCAAUCGUUCACCGAGGCGCCGACGGAGCCGAUCUCCAAGAAGGCGCUCUCGCUCCCCAAGGCGGAGGUCUAGGAGCAGGGAGCGUAAAGAGAAGGAAGCUCCUAGGGCGCUUCCCAAAUUCCUGUUGGAACGGCCACCCAUAACAGCUAAAGACCUGGAAGGAAAAACUGAAGAAGAGAAAGAGAUGAUGAAGCUUAUGGGAUUUGCCAACUUUGACUCGUCGAAGGGAAAACACAUACCUGGAAACAAUGUUGGUGCUGUGCAUGUCAUUCACAAGCGAAAGUAUCGCCAGUACAUGAAUCGGAAAGGAGGAUUCAACCGCCCACUCGACUUCGUUGCAUAAAAUCCUCUUCUACUGUGGUCAUCCAGUCUUUUCCUCGAUUUUUUCUUUCUAGAAGUUUCAAUAAUAAAAGUGCUUGUCGGUGUUCACAGUGAUUUUGUUAGCAAA